AGCAAAGGAGGUGGUGGAGGAGGAGGAGGAGAAGAGGAAGAGCGCAGCGGCCCAUUGAGUUGCUGAACGGGUCGCUGAAGGGUGGGAUGUGAUCACACGCCGGGGAGGAUGAGCCAGUGACCGAGUCGGACGCCGUCUAACACGGUUGGGAACACCUCUCUUGGCAUCUUGUCAGUCCAGUUGGAAGUGGUGCAGAACCGUCAGAAUGCCCCCACCUGCUUCCUACCUGUCCUCCUCCUCCUCCUCGUCCUUCUCCUCACUUCUGUUGUGUUCCGCCACACUUGUGCUCCUGUCCUGCUCCGGAUGCGUCUGCGCGCAUUCACCCGUGAAGAACUGCUCAGCCAGCGGGGACCCGUGUCAGGAUGGUGUGCUGCUGCCUGUGUGGAACCCCCAAAACCCGUCAGUCGGGGACAAAGUGGCUCGGGCAAUUGUGUACUUUGUAGCUCUCGUCUAUAUGUUCCUGGGCAUGAGCAUCAUCGCGGAUCGAUUCAUGUCCUCCAUAGAGGUCAUAACAUCCCAGGAAAAAGAGAUAACCAUCAAGAGGCCCAACGGUGAGACCACCACUGCCACAGUCAGGAUUUGGAACGAGACAGUUUCCAAUCUGACACUCAUGGCCUUAGGCUCCAGCGCCCCCGAGAUCCUGCUGUCCGUCAUCGAGGUGUGUGGUCACAACUUCUCUGCAGGCGCUCUGGGCCCGAGCACCAUCGUGGGCAGUGCUGCCUUCAACAUGUUCGUCAUCAUCGCGCUGUGCGUCUACGUGGUGCCUGAUGGCGAGACGCGCAAGAUCAAGCACCUGCGGGUAUUUUUCGUUACGGCCGCCUGGAGCAUCUUCGCCUACAUUUGGUUGUACCUCAUCCUCAGCGUCUUCUCCCCAGGCGAGGUGGAGGUAUGGGAGGCAGUGCUGACCUUCCUCUUCUUCCCCCUCUGCGUGGUCCAGGCCUGGGUGGCCGACCGCCGCCUCCUCUUGUACAAGUACACCCGCAAGCGUUACCGCGCCGACAAGCACCGAGGCGUCAUCAUAGAGACGGAAGCGGGGCCGGGCGUGGGUGGGGCGUUGGGCCAGGGCGGCUUCACUAAGAUGGACAUGCUGGAGCUGGAUGGCCAGAUGGCGCUGAACUGCCACAGCGCUUUGGACGGCGGACUGACAGAAGAGGGCGCGGCCAAGGACGAGGAGGACGAGGCCCGACGGGACAUGGCCAGAACGCUGAAGGAGCUCAAGCAGCGCCACCCAGAUAAAGACAUGGAGCAGCUCAUUGAGAUGGCCAACUAUCAGGUUCUGAUGCAGCAGCAGAAGAGCCGAGCGUUCUACCGAAUCCAAGCCACUAGGAUGAUGAUCGGAGCCGGAAACAUCCUCAAGAAGCACGCUGCUGACCAGGCUCGCAAGGUGGUGAGCAGCCACGAGACCCAAGCCCAAGAAGAUGACCCGCACACGGUUAGGCUGGAAUUUCAGCCUGCUUUGUACCAGUGCUUUGAAAACUGCGGCUCUCUUAACCUGACCGUCUCCAGACAUGGGGGGGACGCUUCCGUCACCGUCAAGGUGGACUACCGCACCGAGGACGGCACAGCCAACGCAGGCUCUGACUACGAGUUUGCCGAGGGAACGCUUCUGUUCAAGCCGGGCGAGACCCUCAAAGAAAUCACUGUGGGGGUGAUUGAUGACGACAUCUUCGAGGAGGAUGAGUACUUCUACGUGCACCUAAGCAACCCCAGAUUGGUGGGCUACCCCGAGAUUAGCACCUCCCCGCUUGAUGCUGGCUCCGCCCCCAAAGCUGUGCUGGGUGACAACCACACAGCCACCGUGACCAUUUAUGAUGACGACCACGCUGGUAUCUUCACCUUCGAGAGCAGCACUCAGCGGGUGAGCGAGAGCGUGGGCGUGAUGGAGGUGAAGGUGCUCCGGACGUCGGGGGCUCGGGGGCUGGUGGCCGUCCCCUACCGCACGCUGGAUGCCACGGCCAGGGCGGGCGAGGACUACGAGCCGGCGGCGGGCAAGCUGGAGUUCCAAAAUGACGAGACCAUGAAGAUCAUCGAGGUGCGGAUCAUCGACGACGAGGAGUACGAGAAGAACAAGUCCUUCAGCAUCGAGCUGGGCGAGCCGCUUCUGUUGGAGAUUGGACAGAAGCACGGAGACUCCAAUGAGAACAAACCGCCGGUAGGAGCAGAGGAGGACGAGGUGGCCAAGAUGGGCUGCCCCAGCCUGGGCGAGCACACGCAAGUCCACGUCGUCAUCGAGGAGUCCUACGAGUUUAAGAGAGCAGUGGAUGUGCUUUUGGAGCAGCGUAGCAAGAGUACAGUUGACAAGCUGAUCAAGAAGACAAAUCUUGCCUUGGUGGUGGGAAGCAGCAGCUGGAGGGAGCAGUUUGUUAACGCGGUGACAGUCAGUGCAGGAGACGACGACGACGACGAAAGCGGCGAGGAGCGCCUGCCGUCGUGCUUCGACUACAUCAUGCACUUCCUGACCGUCUUCUGGAAGGUUCUGUUCGCUUUCGUGCCACCCACCGAGUACUGGAACGGCUGGGCCUGCUUCAUCGUGUCCAUCUCGCUGAUCGGCGUGUUGACGGCCGUCACCGGUGACCUGGCGUCGCACUUCGGCUGCACCGUGGGGCUGAAGGACUCGGUGACGGCCGUGGUCUUCGUGGCGCUGGGGACGUCUGUGCCAGACACGUUCGCCAGCAAGGUGGCGGCCAUCCAGGACCAGUACGCCGACGCGUCCAUCGGCAACGUGACAGGCUCCAACGCCGUCAACGUCUUUCUGGGCAUCGGCGUAGCUUGGACCAUCGCCGCCGUGGCCUGGCGGGCUCGCGGCCAAACGUUCAAGGUGGACCCGGGCAACUUGGCCUUCUCCGUCACCCUCUUCACCAUCCUGGCGUCGCUGUGCGUCACCACGCUGCUCUACCGGCGGCGGCCCGGCGCGGCCGGCGGCGAGCUGGGCGGCCCGAGGACUUGCAAGGUGUUGACGUCGCUUUUCUUCGUGUCGCUCUGGUUGGUCUACAUCCUGCUGGCCUCCCUGGAGGCCUACUGCCACCUGCCCGCCUUGUAGACGCACGCGUGACGGGGUCCAAAUAAUCCAGCCACGCCAUUUUGCUGUGGCGCAGUGCCAAGAUGGAGGAAGUAGAAGUUGCGCGCAGCUAACUCAA